CUUUCUUGCUCUUCUUCUUCCCCAUGACAUUUCUUCAAAAACCCCCAAAUUAAUUGCUGCUCCUUGAAAAACCACGACAUUCUUGCUCUUUCUUCUUCAAAACCUUACUUCUUCGUCAAAACUUUAUUGCCAUUUGUUUUGGUUUUGAUUUUGUGUCUUCUUCAAGCUAUAUAUCCCACGAAAUUGUUCCAUAUAAUUUCUCAUUCUUCAACCUUCUUCUUCAAACUUUUUGUUGUUGUCUUCUUCAAGGUUACAUAACUCCAUUGUAGAGCACAACAUUAUCAUCUAAAUACCAAGAAUCUGCAAAUACCUGUUGUCAGCUAUCGUCGACGAGGACAGUGCAUGGAAAUUGAUACAAAUGUACAAUCUAAAGAACUAGCGAAGUACAAUUUGAAUGCAAUAAAGGAGUUUUCACCAUUUGAUGAGUAUUUGAUUGGUGAAAAAGCUGGUUUGUUUAGAGGAAGUGCAGGAACACAAAUCUAUAUAUGGAACUUGGACAAAUGGGGUUCAAAUUACACUUUAGAGUGGCAAGAAGGCAUUCCCGGUGGGAGCUCUUUUAACCAGGGUGACAUAUUUGUUCGUUCUAGACGUGUGAGAACUCGUCCAGGACAAACUAGUCGAAAGGUUCAUCUUGACUAUUCACUACGGUCAUAUUUGGAAGUCAUAUUUCUAGAGCCUAGAAUGAAGAUAUAUGUUCAAGGCUCACUGGUUAAAAGUCGUCCUUUGGCCAAAUCUCUCAACAAUACUGUUGUGCUAAAUGCUGAAAUUAUGGGCAAACAAGUCCAACUUACACUUGGUCGUUGUCGGAUAGAGUGGGAUGAAGCAAACGGAGGAAUAUUUUUGUAUUGGCGUGGACGUCUAAUUGAGGCUUAUAAGAGAGUAGGUUGCAUGAUUCACAGUGCUGAUAUGGGUCGAGGUGUGAUAGGUGUAAUCGAUGUUACUGGACUAAUGGAUGAUGAAAACGGUUGUGUUUGGGUUCAUAACAACAAGCAAGGAUUUCAAGAUUGUGAACAAUAUGCUUGUCUUGAAGAAUGGUUGGGAAGAGAGGCAGAUGGAUAUUGGGAUAAAUAUUUUGAUGCUAUAGAACUGAGAACGGGCAAUUCUCACUACAAGCCUGAUAAUGAAUGGGUGCAAUGUGACAAGUGUAGGAAGUGGAGAAUGUUAAGUUCUAGCUUUAACAGCAAGAAUCUACCUAAAGAAUGGUUUUGUUACAUGAAACCUUUCAACGGGAGAUGUAAUAUGCCUGAAGAACAACUUGGGCAAGGAGUUAUCACAGUGGGGCUGAAAAGAUCAUGUCAUGAUCCUAGCUUAGCUUCUAAUUCUGAACAAAGUCACCAGAUUGAUAAUGACAGUCCUUUACCAGAAGGGAAAGACCAACAUGAAUCAACGCUACGAGCUGAUCAUGAUCUUAUUGUUGAUGUAGUUGUGGAGCGACCUGUCUUAAAGAGGCUUAGAAGGCGACCUCCGCGGUAUUGUUGAUGUUUUCUAAGGAAAAACCUCUGCCUUAAAGUAUCAUAUUCAUGAUGCCUUCAAACUCUUGAACUCAUAGGAACUAGGAACACCCCCAACACUUUCAAACUUCGCUUGCCUUUUUGUGUAUAUACUCAACUACAGGUUUUUAUUAGUACCUCCUUUUAGUCUCCCAUGUAGCAAAUUUGAAAGAUCAUUUACCUAGUGCGCCCUCAUUGUUUGUAUAGUCAAACUCAAUUUCUUUUGUGCGUCUUUUUUUACAAAUAGCGUUCAUAUUUAUCAAAUGUUAUUUUGACAGAAAAUUUUCUGACCUCUAAAGUGGUCAUCCAUUCUUGUGUUUCCGACUUCAAAGAGUUAAUCUUGUGAGAGACUUGGUAAGACGAUUUUAAAUAAAGAGUCUAUAUUUUCAUAAUAUGUAAGAGAUGGACUAUUUAACUUAAAAAUUAGGUGUAUCUCUCGAUGAGACAUGAUAAUUUCAAAUGUGUAGAAUGAC